AUGGCCGGCUUCAUGUUCGUCAAUGGCCGGCAAAACGACCGGUCGACGCAGCGGCGGAUGCGGCGACACGUUAUGCAGGGAAAGAACGCCGGCAAGACCCUGCAUCGACCAUCGCGCCAGCUGAAGCCUGUACGGAGGGGAGACACGGCCAAACAAGAGGCGAUUGCAAAGUCGACGUCGUCGUCACGCUCCAAUUCUUCGCUCUUUAGCCUUACAGAAUCAUUGGACAUCUUGAAACGGCUGCCGCCGGUCACGGCAUUCUAUGCGGCGAUCGACAGCCCGGUGGCCAUGACAUCGUUUGCCUUGCAAUGGCUGCUUCGCAACCCAUCAUUUCUUGGAGCAUCGCUAACGCGCUGCUCGGGCCAUGCUCGCUUAGACUUCAACGGCACCGUCGAACGCGUCUACGCACACAGCUUCGGCGUCACCUCCGCCUCGGCCAAGCCGCUCUGGUUCCAGUUCAUCUUUGCCGACGAGACCGCGUACCACUGCACGCUGGCGCUCAUGCAGGCCAGCAACGAGGUGGUCUUGGGAUCGGCGACGGGCUGUGUGGUGGCCACCAGCAGCGGCGCCAGCGGCGACAGCGGCGACAGAAACGUCGCCACGUAUGCGCACUACGUGGCCGAAUCGCUAAGACAACUCAAGACGAGACUGGACGGCCCAGAGGCCCUGGCCAACUCGACUAUCUUGCUCGUGCUCAUGUUCAUUUCGCAAGAGCAGAUGCGGCACGCGUCACGGAACGCGCGCGUCCACUUGGCCGGUCUCGCGCAAAUGGUGGCCCUGCGCGGCGGCCUGGCAGCGUUUGAGACGCGGCCCGCGGACCGGCCGCUGCUGCUCAAAAUCUGCAAGAUUGACAUUGUCUACGCCCUGCAGUUUGGCGCGCCGCCGCUCUUUUACCGAGACGUUCUGGCGAGCGUGGUGGACCAGCUGGACCUUGGGGGCCGGUGCGUGCGGGCCGCCACAGACACCGCCGUCACGCACCACGCCAGUCUGGCCCUCCAGCAGCCCGACCUCUACGCCCUGCUGUGCGACGUCUUGGCCGUGUCCCUCUUAUUUGAAAAGGAGCUGCCGCGGCGGCCCAUUGACGUCUUUACCUUUGGCGACAUCUUUUCGUCGCUGUGCUACCGGCUGUUGCGGAUGGGACGCGAGACGUUUCGAGCGGAUUCGACAGCCGAUCUCUACCACCUGGGCAUGACCAUGUUUGUCAUGUCCCUGUUUCUCCGGUUUGACCAGCGACGGCUGCUGGGCUACCGGCUGAUUGGGAAGAGGUUUCGAGCGGUUGUGGAGGACGACCCAGGCGAGAACAGGAGAAGCGAGCGCAGCGAGGACCCCAACGACAUAAAAAACGACGAAAUUUGCUUUUGGGUGGUAAUGAUGGGCGGAAUGUGGACACAAGGGGAUUGGUCCAAGGGAGACUGCCCUGGGCGGACACAAAAGGCACGCAAGGUACGACAGUUGGCCGACCGGCUGGGAAUCACGACCUGGGACGAUGUACGGACUGUCCUGGAUAAGUACCCGUGCUUGACAGUGCUUCACAGCCAACCAGGACGGGAGCUGUGGGAGGCGUCGAGGGAGGCAGUGUAA